UCUAAAGACGUUUCGCAUGACCUUAAUGAUUCGAAGCCUGUGGCUGUAUUCCAAUGCGUUUAAAGCCGGCUACAAGAGAAAAAUAUGCCUUGCAGAUUCAGUCGCACAAUAUCAUAGGUUUUACACUUCCAAACACGCUGUUUUAUUUCAGGGCCAACGGUUUCCCAUCGCAUGAUUCUUGUUUCCAACUCGCCCACACAGGCCAAUUCCGUGAAGAGAGCGCUUGGUGUACCGCCUGGCCGGCCCGGCCCGAUACCUUUUGACUUCCACGUCCUAUUGUAGUUCCCGGCAGCGAGGAGUGGUCUACCUCCAGUUCUGCGGACAUGCUAGUUAACAUGUCCGGAACAGUGCCCACGUCACCGCACCACCAGUUUGUUUACGGGCAUUUUUCGGUCGCUGUUUGUUUCCUCUUCGUUUGUUCACACUAUAUAAGCCGGGCAAUGGCAUAUUAUGGCGGUGCAGUGGCUCCCCAGCCACCCAAGAUGAAGCAGCUGGGGCUGCUGACCAUCCUGCUGGGGGUGACCGGUGUCGCCCAGGGCUUUUUUCUUCCCUAUGGAGGUUUCGGUGGAUUCGGAGGGCUGGUAAGCCACAGCGUAUCUCCGGUGGUGCAGCCCAUCAUCAUCAAGCCACCGGAGCCGGAGCCGCCGCCAGAACCGAAGGUCGAGGUGCACGUGCACGGCGCUCCGCACGAGCCGCCGCCGCCGGAGCCGCCGCCACACCCGCCGCCACCCAUCAUCAUCGUGGCGGGACCGCCAGAACCGCCGCCACCGGAACCUCCGCCGCCGCCUCCACCGAUCAUUGUGCUGCCCGCGGGAGGAGGUGGUGGAGGAGGACCUCCCCCGCCUCCGCCGCCCGGAGGACCGCCCCUCGUGGUUCUGCCCGUCGGAGGCGGCGGAGGAGGCGGACCGCCGCCGCCACCUCACGGCGGUGGAGGGCCCCCGCCGCCCCAGAUUCUGGUGCUGCCGAUGCCGGGCGGUGGCGGCGGCGGCCCGCCUCCGGGUCCGCCCCCACCCCCGCCCCCACCGAUCAUCACCCCGGUUUACGCGGGAUAAACUGGUCGAUCUCAUGUGUAAGACGGCCGUCCCAUCGUCGCUGGCAGAAAUGCUGGCUUCCUAAAAGUAUUAUGUGGUCUAUUGAUCAAUGUUCCUAUGAUGCAUGUCAUUUUGUGGAUAAACAGGUACGACGAUUUGUUUGUGUCUGGCUUGAAUUGGGUAUAUGUUCGGCUACAAAUAAAUGUUUUGGUCCACAA